CGGGGAGAAUCGUUAGGGGCCGGGUGUCGGCGUUCGUCUUAAAAUGUACCUAUAUUUGCAUUGACGAUUAAUUAGCAAAAUUAAUAAAAGUUUAUAUAUCCUAUACGGCCAAUCGGUGUGAAACCAAGAUGUUUGUUGAUACGGAAAUUCUGAAAGCCAUCUCAUUUAAGGAAACAGCCAAAUUACCAUUACAUUAUUGGCUUUUGGUGUUACUUAGAUUUCUGUUCACCAUUCUUCCGCAGCGGGGCUACAUACACCCAGACGAGUUUUUCCAGAACGUUGAAGUAAUCGCAGGCGAUAUCUUCUCAAUCGACGUAUCGAAAACAUGGGAAUUCGACCCGAAAUUUCCCAUCAGAAACAUAUUCGUGCCCAAAAUGAUACUCGGCCCGCCACUUCACUUCAUCCAAUUCUUCCACCCCUAUGUUAAACACUAUGUGGGAAUCGAUCUGAAAACUCCAUACUAUUUACUAAUGAUACCGCGACUAUUCAUAUGUUUCUUGUCCCUUAUAAAUGACUUCUGUUUAUAUAGAAUUUGCGUCUUAUACGGACAGAAUUUCAAACAUAGACUUACUAUAUUCGCCACCUCCUACGUGGUUUUUGUCUACUGCUGUAGAAGUUUUUCAAACACAUUCGAAACUAUAUUCUUUUCUUUGCUGCUCCUCAUAGUUGCGGAGUCCAUGCAGAAGUCUGACAAAGUUAUCUAUCAUAACGAAUUUUUAAAAGAAAAGUAUGAAAAAGCUGCUACUACUGUUGAAAAAGUGAAGAUUUUUAAACUAUCGACACAUUUGCCAGAGCAUUCAUUGAACAAUGUAAUUAUUUUGGCCACAAUCGUGGUCAUUGGCAUUUUCAAUCGUCCUACAUUUGUAUGUUUUGCCUUUGCUCCUAUUUUCUUUUGGCUCCAUCGGGGAUUGGGUUCCACCGUGGUAGGGUUCAAAGAUUUCCAUUUUCGCAUAUUUACUUUCAUAGUAUGCGGAAUACCCUCUGCGUUGUUGCUUAUCCUGGUAGAUUCGGGUUACUAUGGGUACAUAACAAUGGCGGACAUAGAGUCGCUGAAGAUAUCGUGGGACAACUGGGUGGUGACGCCGCUCAACUUCCUACGGUACAACUCUGAUACUGGGAACCUAAAGAAGCACGGCCUGCACCCGCGCUGGCUGCACGUGGUCGUCAACGUCCCGCUGCUGUUCAACGUGCUCGGAAUAAUCGCUACUGUUGCCCUAUCUAUCAACGCGUAUAGGUUCGUCCGCGGCCAGUACAGCAAAUUGCCUAGAAUCCAAAGUAUCACAGGCCUAAUGAUGUUCUCCUUAGUGAUACCUAUUGCAGUGCUUUCUUAUUUUCCUCAUCAAGAAGCUCGUUUCAUCGUCCCAGUGCUGGUACCUCUGAUUUACCUAUUUGGCAACCAUCUCUAUCCCAACGAAAUCGAAGGAAGGGCUACUAGAAAGUGGAAAUUUAUUUUCCGAUACGUUUGGUAUUUGCUUAACAUUUUGCUCACUAUCUUUUUCGGUUUCAUCCACCAGGGUGGUAUAUAUCCGUUAGCCAAAGGCAUUCAUCAUGAUCUGAAGAAAGCGAGCAACUAUGGACAACAUACCUACAUUGUAACGACGCACAGCUAUAGCAUACCGACAUAUUUACUCCAAUUGGAGAGCACCACCAAAGUGUACAAGGACAAGAAGACAGGGCACAAGUAUCGACUGUCUCCCACCACGUUUAUACACAAGUACGGAUCUAUACCUGUGGAGGCAUUAUUUGAUAAAGUGGAUACCAUGCUAUCUAGUGCCGAAAGACUAAAGGCCGAAUACAAUAAGAAUUACAGGUUCUACAUUGUCACUCCAUGUUCUCUGGAUACUCAACUUAAGAAAGUUGCAGCUACUUACGAUUACUUCAAGUUAGAUCAGGUAGGUGCUUACUACCCGCACUACAGUUCUGAAGCGCUCCCUACGUUUCCCGGGGAAAGGCACGAAUAUUGUGCCAGAAAUUCUAGCGUUCGACCCCACAAAAUGAUUUUCGCCGAAAGACUAGCUUGUUAUUUAUCUAUGUAUUGUAUUAAAAAUUAUCAAGUUAGGGUAAUAGCAACAAAAGCUUAUUAUUAAGUGUGUAUCUAUUACCUAAAUAAUUUUAGUCAACAAUUCCAUUAUGUUACGAUUCAAACAGGCCGCCUUGUUUCAUUGUGAUUGUUUUUAUUACAAUUUGCUCAAUUUAAGUUUAAAGCGGUAUAUGAAGACCUGAUAUAAGUUAUUCUCUUUUUGAUGUGUGUAGUUUAACUGCAAGAUGAACAUUAGGCGUCAUUGUUUUAUAUUCUUAAUGUUGUUAAGUUUUUAGGCAGAAAGAGAAAACCAGCUUUAAUGAUAGUGCUAUUUGUUGCAGUGAUUUUUCUAUAAUUGUGUAACAAUAAUAAUAUUGAUGUUUUGUUUUAUAAGGCUUAAUUUAUAAGCUUGUUGUGUUAUUGUCUUAAUCAUGUGUGAACAAUACUGUUGGAGUCUGUGUUUUGAACGAAAUUUGACUUUUUUUCCUAGCAGGAAGAGUUAUAAAAGACGGGAGGCGAUCUAGCUUGUCUUGGAUAGUCUCAUAAAAGAAACUUUGAAUCUCAUGUAAUCUCUGCAUUUUCUUAAUCAUACUUUGCCUGAAGGUAUUUACGUAUACAUAUUUUAUUUUUAUGAUUUUCCAGAUUCAUGUACCUGGUUAAAUUAAGUUAAUUAGGUACAUGCCUACGGGUUUUAUUUUUAUUUUAACCAGUUUAGCGUAAUUAUAAGGCAUCAAGAUAUUUUUUUAUUUAAUUGACUAUAAAUUUUAUUAAAAUAAACCGUUUUAUUUUAUAUUAUUAUGUGAUUUUGUAAUAUAUUGAACUAUAAAUUCAUUGUAACAUACAAUGGACUAAAUAGAACUACUAAUGCAUUUAAAUAUAAUCACAUAAAUUCGACUGAAAACAAAAAAAA